UAAUAUUUAACUUAGGUUAACAUCAAUCAAUGGCUUAUUUCAAAUCCCUUGAUGUGUUUUCAUGGAUUCAAAACCUUCCACCAACAUCACAAUGGAAAACAAGUUCUAUGUCCUUAAGCUUAUGUUCUAUAAUAAACUUAUCCCAACCAUCACUAAAUCUUACCAUAUCAAAAAAUCACCAAUCUCAAAAACUCUUUUUUGCUAUUAUGGCUGAUUUUAAUAUCCCUAUUUUUCUUUGGACCUCAAAAAUACCAAUCAAACCUAGUAAUAAAACCAUGAAGUUAAUAGAUGAAGAAACCAUUUCAAAUCUUCUUGUUAAUUUCAUACAAGACAUCCUUCAUUAUGGCUCAAAUAAAAAUAGUAUUUUUAUUCAAUUUCCAAAAUUUGAAAAUAUUUCAAACUUUAGUGAUAUUUUCAACCUUGCUUUUUUAACUUUAUUUUUUCUAGUUUGCAUUUAUGAAGCUCCUUCCGAUCUUCGUUAUAAUUGUCUUAAUACAUUAAAAGAAAAAUUAUCAAGUUGUGAAUCAAGAAAAUCAUCAAAAUUGUUGAUGAAACUCUUAGGUUCUAAUUUAGAAGAACAAUGGAUGCGUUCUAUUAACCUUGCUAUUACAAAUUGGAUUGUGGAACUACAAGAAAUAGCUUCACAAUGUCGUAGCACUUUUAGAACACCAUCUCCUUUAUUUUCUUAUGCAUUUUUAACAUUUGGUUUGUGGAAAGUUCAAUUGUAUUGUCCACUCAUAGCAAUGGAUAUUGUUAGUGCAAAUAACCAUGCAGCUGAUGAGAGGCUUCAAUUCUCUCUCAAAUAUCAACAACUUGAAGGUGUUCUUCAAUUCAAUCACAAAGUCUUCAUCAAAGAUAAGUGGGUGGAAAUCAUGGUGAACAUUGACAACAUAAGAUGUGAUGUCUUCAAACUAGUAGAUGACACCCUUAUGAGAGAAAGAGGAGCUGGUGCAUGUGAAAAACAUUUUCCAUCAAGAAUAUCAUUACAACUCACUCCAAUACUCCAACAUCAAGUACUAAGUGUAUCCGUUGGAAAAUCCUCAGAAAAUCCAACAAUGGAAAUUGGUGUUGAAAAAAGUUUAGAAGCUUCAUUUCAACCAACAAAUCCUUACAUAGGACUUAAUGUUUCAGCUGGAGAGUCAACAACAAUGAGUUUAAAGCCUUGGAAAUUUGAAGAAUCGGUUUAUGGAUAUAGUGCAAAUUUAAAUUGGUUUCUUCAUGAUAGCAUGGAUGGCAAAGAAGUCUUUUCAUCAAAGCCUUCAAAAUUUGAAUUAAUUAAUCCAAAGUCAUGGUUUAAAGAUAGGUAUUCAAGUGCUUAUCGACCUUUUACUAGACAAGGAGGUGUUAUUUUUGCUGGUGAUGAAUAUGGAGAAAGUGUGUGUUGGAAAGUGGAUAAAAAUGCUAGAGGGAAAACAAUGGAAUGGGAAAUAAAGGGUUGGAUAUGGUUAACUUAUUUGCCUAAUAAGUAUAGGACAUUUUAUCAUGAAACUAGGAGGUUGGAGUUUAGGGAAAUUGUUCAUCUUAAUAUUCCUUAGUUUAAUCAAUUACUUUUGUUUCUCAACUUGUGUGCAUCAUAAAUUGAAAGAAUAAUAUGUAUUGGUCUUGUUUUACCAAGCAAUAUUAUUUGUAUAAUUAUUGUUAGUGUAAAAUAGUAUGUUUGUUCUACUU